AUGUUUCAACCGUCCGUUUUCUGUAUUAAACUUCAACUUCACUUCGGUGGAGAUAUUCACGACAUAUCCGUGCCAACAUACAAUGGCGCUGAGCCAACCGUGAGCGAUCUAAUGAAUGUUGUUGAACGAGACUUUCGUGUACCGCGAGUAUUGCAAACGCUCGUUUUUCAUGGUCAAGAUUUGCAUCCAUAUCCAAACGAACCAUUAAGUCGUUUUGGUAUUAAAAACGGUGUUCCUAUUCGGCUGGUUGGUCGAAUGACACCACCAGAUAUGGUACAAAAGAUCAAUAACCAAUACGGCGUAAAUUCAUAUCAACAAUCAUACUAUACCCAACAACCAUGUUGUAAUCAACAACCAAAUCUUGUCACAUUCCAUACUAGUGAACAAAGUUUACCUUACUACAGCGAACAGUAUCAAUAUGCGCAAACAGCUCCUGCUGGCACAUAUAGUCCACCAGCAGCAUGUUCGAAUCAAGAUCAGCCUCCACCACCAACUCCAAAUCAGGGACAAACAUCUGAACGUCCAAAUACUGAAGGAAAUAAAUAA